AUGCGAUCGCGACCUGUGAUGGCGAACCAUGAUGAUAAUGGAAAUAUAAAGAAAUUUAGUAACAGUUUUGUGAAUCUGUUUGAAAAACAAAAAAAGAAAAGGGAUCUCCAAAUUUAUAGCCCAAUAUAUUCUUUUUUCAAGGCCUAUGUGACUCAAGACAACAUCUUGACAUGGACUUUAACCACAAGAGAAGCUGUAUACUACUCUGCUCAGCUCCAGCUGCCCAACACUAUGUCAAAGGCAGAGAAAAUAGACAGAGCAGAUAGGACGAUCAGAGAAAUGGGAUUGCAGAGCUGCAUUGACACCAGAAUUGGAGGCUGGGGAAGCAAAGGUCUCAGCGGUGGGCAGCAAAAGAGAGUAAGCAUUUGCAUUGAAAUUUUAACGCGACCGAAGCUUCUUUUUCUGGAUGAGCCUACAAGUGGACUAGAUAGCGCUGCUUCAUACUAUGUCAUGAAUCGAAUUGCGGAACUUGCCAAGGAAUAUGGGAUGACAGUGGUAGCAUCAAUGCAUCAGCCUAGUACAGAAGUCUGCAAGCUACUUGACAACCUUUGUCUCCUUUCCUUGGGUAGGACCAUAUAUUUUGGAUCUUCCAUUGCAGUAAAUCAGUUUUUUGCAAGGAAUGGUUUUUCGAGCCCCGGUCUACAAAAUCCAGUAGAUCACUAUCUGAGAAUGAUAAACACAGAUUUCGAUGAGGACAUUGAAUCAGCUGCUGAUGGAAAGACAACCACAAAGGAGGUGAUCGAUAAGCUUGUCGAAUCUUACACAUCAUCUGAUACGUAUGACCUGAUCCUGAGAGAAGUAGCACAGAUAAAUGGACAACAAAUUGGAAUGGUGGAGAAGAAGAGGAGACGUGGUAGCUUCUUUAUUCAGUGCCUUGUCCUGACAGAGAGGUCAUUUGUGAAUAUGCACCGUGACCUAGGCUACUACUGGUUACGUCUUGCUAUAUACAUCACUUUAGCUUUUGGCUUAGGUACCGUCUUCUACAACGUUGGAUACAGUUACACCUCCAUUAAUGCCAGAGCCUCAAUGCUCAUGUUUGUAGCAUCAUUAUUAACUCUGAUGAGUAUCGGAGGUUUCCCAUCAUUUGUGGAGGAAAUAAAGGUCUUCCAACGAGAAAGAUUGAAUGGGCACUAUGGGGUUGCGGCAUUUGUUGUUAGCAACACAGCUUCAUCGGUUCUCUUCUUAUGCCUGAUAGCUGUUAUUCCUGGAGUGAUUGUUUAUUAUCUGGUGGGACUGCAGCGGGGAACUGAAAGAUUUCUCUACUUCAUUAUGGUACUCUUUGCUUCUAUUAUGUUGGUUGAAGGCCUUAUGAUGAUCGUAGCAAGUUUGGUACCAAAUUUUCUCAUGGGACUGAUCAUUGGUGCCGGCACUCAAGGUGUAAUGAUGUUGAGCGGCGGUUUCUUUCGUUUACCACAUGAUCUCCCAAGUAUAUUUUGGAAAUAUCCAAUGUACUACACUUCCUUCCAUAGGUACGCAUAUCAAGGCCUGUACAAGAACGAGUUUGAAGGGCUGAAAUUUCCAAGUAAUGAGCUGAUGAAGGGGGGAUCUUCUUUGAUUGAUGGUGAAACUAUUUUGAGACAUACAUGGCAAGUUGAGAUGGGCUACUCCAAGUGGAUUGAUCUGGCAGUCUUGUUUCUAAUGGAGUACAAUAAGAAAAAGGUAAUUUGGUAUGGGAUUCAUGAGAUUGAGCCAGUAAUGCUCUUUCCCUUAAUUAGCAUUUAG